ACACAACAACGAAGAAUAUAAAUGAUCCAAUAGCAGAGCUGACAUUUGUGUUUUGAAUGAAACGCGGUUGAUGGCUGCUUGACGCAGUUUGUUUAUCCGAUUCUUGUAGCGUUUUGCAACGUUCGUUAAAGUUAACUGGUACAAAUUGGAAGCUGUAAAAUAAUUGUCCCGGCACGCCGGAGUUAUGUCCUCCAGGAAAUCAAGUUCCAGUGUGGGAGGCUUGCUUUCAAGCAAAUGUGUAGAGCGUACCCCUCUGAGAAGCCUGCAGAAUGAAUUGCUGCAUCCGUCAACUCCAUCACGGUUCAAAUCGAAAUCACUUCUCAAUGCAGAUGUGAAACUGACAAUGGCUGAUGUUCCUUUAUGUGACCCAAAAAACCCCAUGCAGUCUCCUACAUCCGACUCAGUGAUUCAAAUCAGUGCUUUCACUAUUGAUGAUACCACUUGUACAGAAACAGCUUGUGGACUUGGAGAUGUAACAUAUAAAUCCUUCGUCUGUCCUGGUGGGGAGGUUGAGGUUACAGGCUCAGCAGCGUGUGCAGAAGAGAGUAUUAUUUUGCCCAUGAACCAGGGUAUAAAAAGCAUUCAAGAAACAGAAGAUACAGUCAUCUCUGACAGUAUAAUAGUUCAGUCAUGCAGUGACCACGUUGAUCACCCCUAUUACAAUCCUGAGAUGAAAGAUGCUUCCUUGAUUGACGUUGAUGCAGCAUGUCUCUGUGAAAUUUCAAACUCUAAACUAACUCAUGAAGACUUGGAUGACAAACACGCACAAGAUUUCAGAGCUUUUCAGAAUGACUGCUUUGAAGAGAAAGAUGUCACUUGGAAAUCCUUUGUUUGUGAUGGCGGUGAGGUGGAAGUUCCUGAUGUCACCAGACUACAAGAAGAGACCAUUCCUCUGCCCAAGGAACAGCUGGGUGAACCUAUACAAGACAACAGUGUAAAUUUAACAAAUCUCUCAGAUUCUGGCCAAUUAUGUCACGUUGAACACUCGGAUCAUCCCUACUUUAGCAGUGACAAUGGUAUUUGUCUCAUCACCUCCUUCCCUGACACAACAAAUACUCCUGAAAAACCUGCCGUUGGACUGAGUGAUGCAACCAUCAAAUCAUUUAACUGCAGUGGAGGUGUGAUUUUUGGUGGUGCCAAACUUGCAGAUGAGGCUGUUCCUCUACCAGCUGACCAAACUGCAACCUGCAGUGAGUCAUACAAUUAUGGUAUAGAGCCAGGCAUGUUUGCUAGUGACCAAUAUGUGCAAAACAGUAAUGAGCAUUCAGAUCUCCCACACUGCAAUAUGGAAAAUUACCCAUUGGGGGAACCAUUACCAUUCAGCCUUGAUGUUGUGGAUGAGGAUAAACCAAUAAGCUUGGUGUUGCAAGAUUACCAGACUGGCAGACAGGCAGAAACUACAUUGAGCUCUUUCAUCAGUGCCAGAAAGGAUGUUGAAAUACCAAAUGGCACUCGAUUGUCUCAGAAGAUGUUCCCUCUGCCUGACGACCAGGCUGUGAUCAGCCAGCCCCUAGAUUACAAUGGUAUACCUACUUCGCUUACACAGGAUCACGUUCAAGAUGACUAUGAGAAAUCUAACAUUCAUGUGGAAAAUGAAGUUGUGGUUGAUACUGACCCACCAACUAUCAGUACAUCUUCACUGACUGACACAUCUUCAAAGGCACUGGAUGAUAAAUCAGUUAAGUGUCAAAUGCAAGAAACCUCUAAGGACUUGAUGCAUCCUGUGGACAGUGCAUUGCCUAUGCUUUAUAGAUCUGAGUCUUCUGACGGAAGCCAUACACUUGUGGAAGUGCAUGAGAAACACGUAUCUCAAGUGCAAAUCAGCAGUGAAUUCCAUAAAUCCAGUGAGGACAAAGACUGUGCUCUCGGUUCACCUGGGAAUGGCUUGAUUCUUUGUGACUCUGCAGAAAAACCUUGGUCAGAAAACCUCCCUAAUGUUUUGAAAGUGCAGUCAGAAUGUCCCUCAGUAGCAUCACGUUUGCCAUUUGGGAUCCUCAGUCCGAUUGUUAGAAGAGCCUCUCUCGCUGUAUUAAAGGCUUUUAAGGGUCCUGCUUUUGACCAAUUUUGUGAUGAGUCUGCUUUCAAUGGUGGAACGAGCUUUGUGGCUGAUUGUUGUUCAAAUUUUGACCAACCUGGGUUAUUGGGAGAGCACCUGGUGAGCCCCAUGCCACGUCCUCUGUUAAACUCUACAGCACUAGAUUGCAAGCCAGAACCAGUCACUGAGCCCGUUGAUGUGCGUGCAAAGCCUUGUGCAGUGUCCCAGCCAGAGCCAGUUACUGAGCCACUUAAAGAGCCAUGUGCAGUGCCUCAGAUUGAAGGGGAGGUUCUGGAUAUGCCUAUGAUUCCAGAUGGUCCCCUUCAGCUGCAGCUUCGGCAGAUGGCCGAGUUCCUUUUCUUGGCAUCAGGAAAGAUGGGUCCUGCUACUACCGCUCUGCGUCCUGCUGCUGUCAUGGUCCCAUCGGCAUCAGCUACUCCUGCAGAAUCCCACAGUGUCUGUGUGGGUACCACUCCUGUUAAAUGGUUAGACCAUAGUGUCAAUACAUCUGGCCAGUUUGAGCGAAAGAGGGAUUUCUCUGUGGUUGAUGCCUGCACUCUGACUGACCCCCUCCUGUGGAAUCUACCUCCGUACGGCCUUGAGGGUCUCCCCAGACAAGAGCUGGAGCAAGGGUUAAGGUCUAGCAUGAUCAUGGUUGAGGCUCUUGUGCAGCAGUUGACUGCAGCCAGGGCAAAUGGAUGUUCUUCUGCAGGCCCUGCACCCUCAGACCUCAGGGAGAAACUAGUGCAAACAGACCAUACUGAACUCAGUCAGAACACAAUGUACAGAGACCUAUAUUUGGAGGCUCUAAACAGGGUUCGGGAUUUGGAGACGGACAGUAGUUCUUUACAGAACCUCACCCAGUGUAUGCAGGACAUGAGGGUCACCAUGACAUCUUUGAGUUGUGACACAGAUGCUGCUCUCUCUAACAUGAAGCAACUGGGAGACAAUGUCAGAGAGGACCAUCAAAGCCUUGUUUUACAUUACGAUCAGAUGAAGUCUCUAUUUGAGAAAACAAAGGAAAUGCAGACAACAAUGAUGCAGAAGGUCAAAGAUGCUCUUCACCAAAGAGAUGACAUGACGAUACAGAUGGAGGAGGCCUUCAGAGUCAAGAAGGCGGCCUUCAGUGCGAUGGAACAAUUGAGGACACACUGUGCUACAGAAAUCUCAGCACUGGAAAGGAUUGUGGGGUCUCAGCAAGAACUGUCAUCUGCCCUAAACCAGACUUACCCACAACAGGUUGCAUUAAACCAGGCAUACACUGAAAUGCUGAAUUCUGCUUCUGAUGUUUUGUCCACAACCAUGGAUGAACAAUCCAGUUUGAUGAAUGAACUCUGCACAGUUAGAGGCCUGAUGCAGAAAACUGCUCCCAUGCUUCUGAAGCUGAAUGAGAAGGCAGCUGCUGCUUUGAGAGAGAGGGAUGAACAUAUGUCUGCAAGAGACCAAGCUGUUGAAGAGGGAGAGCAGAUCAAAGAAGAAUUAAACCAAGCUUACAUGAAUCUCCAAUCUGCCAGAGAACAGAUUGGUGAUUUAAAUCUGCAGGUGACAAUUCUGACCUCAGAGAUGGGUGUGCUGCGUCAGAAGCUAACCGAAAGGGAGGAAGAGAGGGGUCCGCUGGAGAGGAAGGUGACUGAGCUGUCUGCCACCGUUUCCUCCACUUUGGCUUCCUACACCUUCUUGGAACAGGCCCUUGGUGCUGAGACUACAAAGUUGAAGCAGUCGUGGAAGGAAAUCCAGCUAGCAAAGGACAGAGCAAAUGAGUUGGAGACGUCACUGGGUCAGUCAGAGCAGCGGGUUGCUGACUUAAGUAAGGCUCUGGCUCAAAAUGAGGAGCAGCUCAGUCAGCUGCAGCUCCUCUCGCAGUCACAGAACCUGCAGAUCCAGCAACUCCAGGAUGUUUGCACUCAACUUGGUGGUGUGCGGGAGAUGAACGAGUUCUUACAGAUGGAGAAUGAGUUGGCUAGGGAGCAGGUGGUUGAAAGUGAGCGUAUGCUGAUGGCCAACCUCCAGGCGCUCCGGGAGAGGAACAUCCAGUGUGAGGACCUAAAAAGAGAACUUGGUCAAUUUCAGCUUGAGAACAGGAGUUUGCACAAGGAGCUGGAAAGUACAAAGUCCAGAGUCAGUGCAACCCAGAUGGAGCUUGGAGAGAAACUGGCACAGGCGGUCACCGAAAUUACAUUGCUGCAUCACACGCUGCGAGGACUGACUAAUGAAAUACACGCAGCGCUCAAUGACCAGAAACCAGAACCCAAGAAGGAUAAAGAGUCUCAUGCAGUCCACACCAUGGAGCGUUGUCACCCCUCCAGCUCUUUUGUUGAUAGCAUCAUGGUAGCACUAACUUCUGAGAAGGAGGAAGAUGCCUCAACAGAGACACCACCUGGAUCAGGCCCGUCAGACACGCCCGAGCCACUGCGUGAAACUUUGUUCAGCGAGACGAGUGCCUUCACACGCAUUGCCAUCACCCCUAAAAAGAAUUUCAGUACAGUGGCGUUUGAGCCUGAAGAAGACGAUCAAAGCAGCAUGGCAGAGCUGUUCGUUGGCCUGGGAAGCACCGUCACAGAACUUAUCAGCACCCUGAAACUGCUGCGACAGCGUAAAGAUGCUCAGCUGGAGGAGCUGCACAACACCAUCUCUGUCCUGCAGGUGGAGCAGCAGGCUGCAGACGACAGACACAAGGCGGAGGUGUUUGAACUUAAACAUCAACUCAGCCGUCUGAACAGCUUGUUUGAGAAGGGAAAUCAGGCACUGCAGCAGAAAGCUCAGGAUGAGAAAACUGUGACAAAGUUGAUGGCAGAAAUACAAGAGACCCAGGAAACUCUAAUUAAACACAAGGCCGACAGUAACGAAUUGCGGAAGGAGGUGGUUGAGCUUCGCCGUUCUCUCCAGCAGUCAAAGGUGGAGUGUCAAUUCCUGCGGGAGGAGUUGAGGAAAGCUGGAAGCCAAGCUGGUAGCCAGUCAGCUAAUCCGGCACAUUUCAUGGAAGAGAAGAUUCAGUUAUUGAGAGAGGUUGAAAGACUGAAGUUGUGUCUUCAGGAGGGGGAGCAGGCCAGAGUUAAACUCCUUGAUAGAGCAAAAAGACAUCAAAUGAUCCACCAGACCAACCAGCAGAAAAGUGAGAAUGAGCUUCAGAUGUUAAACAAAGUCAUUAAUAAAGUCAGAGAGACUCUGCUGUCUUUGCCUGUGGUUGUAAAGAAUUGUGAACAACUGGAACAGCUUAUGGAAUACAUUGGCUAAUGUGUUUGUCCUUGUCACCUGUAUUCAUUGUAUUUGUCAGUUAUUUCCUUGUGUUAAUAUUUUUAGCAUGAAUUAAAAACAAUUUUAACCUUAUGGAUUGUCUUUGUCUUUUGAACACCAUGGGUUAAGGUCUUUUUGCUAAACCAAACAAAACAGCACUGUUGUGUGACAUAAAAUGAACAAAUAGACAAAUCAC